AUGGCGGUGGUGCAGGUUAAUGUUGAAAAGGAGUACUUGAAGAUUUUGGAGAAGUAUUUGAAGUUUGAUGAAAUUAAGAGCAAGUUUUGCAGUUGCACCGUGUUGGUACAGGAAAAAUACGAUGUGAUUGAGAAAGAAAAUGGAGUUCUCACAAAAGUGUCUGCUCUAAAGGAAGAGAUCCACUCGCUGAAGCUGACUCAUAAUUCUGCUCCUCUAGAUGCAUCUAAAAAAACUCAAGGAAAGAAAAAGAAAGCUGAGUUGGAGAAGAAGAAAGCUGAUGGGGCUUUGAAGAAUGUGGAGGUGGAGAAAAAGAAGGUUAAUGAAGCGCAGAAAGUUGCUGCCGGAGAAAGGAAAAAGGCUGAGGAAAGAGGCUCUUCCGCAGAGAAAUUUGAGGUGGAGAAACAGAGAGCUGCUAGAGAAAGGAAAAGGGCCAAUUUGGCUGAGACAAAACUAGAAGAGCAACGUGAGCUUGCAGAAACGAAUCCAAAGAAGGUCAUCUUUGAAAAGGAUCGAGCUGUUGCUUCUGGUGUUGGUGUUCAACGUUCUCAGGAUGAAUAUUGUACGCAACAUGGAAUGGUUCAUGUCCUGGGUUUGAGAAGAGGAGUUCCUAUACAGAUCUUGUUAACAACUCCAGUGCCGCUGGUGCACAUCAUCCCUGAACUGCUUAUGCUUUCAAUUACCAAUGAGGCAUUUGAUGGCAUUGUUGGCAAGAGUGGAUUGGAUUACUGGAGCUCGAGCAUGGACCUAGAUUAGGAAAUCUAUAUUUAUAUGAGGAUGAGGCAUUAGAUAUCAUUGUUGGCAAGGGUGGAUUGGAUGCUUUGAUGGAGCUCAAGUUAAAAGGCUGAUAAAGGAUGGUGGAAAAUAUAUUUCUCUCACCCUAAGGGAGUCUCUGAUUGUAUUUCUUCUCUGAAUAUGCUCGUGGUCUGCUUAGAGCUGAAAUAAGGCAUCCAGAUCCUGCCGUCUUCCUUGAAAAUACAUUGUUGUAACUUUUAUGGUCGAUUUUUCUGUUUUAGUUGAAGAUCUUGAUUCCAGUUUUUUUCAUCCUAUUGGCAAAGCAAAGAGAUGUUAAACCUGCUUGAUAGACAUGGUCAUUUACGAUUAUCAAAUUUUGGCCUGUGCAAGCCUCUAGAGCAGUGCUAUACAAGAAGUCUUUUGAGUCAGAGAUUACCAUAAUGAAACUUCAAGAAGUGAGGAAUGAGGAUGGUUCGGUUCCAAAACAUGCACAACAAGAGCAACUACAGAGUUUGGCAGAAAAAUUGGAGAAAACCUGUAGGUUUUGCUGAAUGCCCAUGUGAUUUACGCUGGUAGUAUAAUACUAUGAUAUGAAGUCAGAAUUCACCGGCUGUAACACAUCUUAGUUGGAUAGCUGUGCUCUCUGACUUAUUGUUUAUGUUGUAAUAUUGCAGUGAUGAACCUUAAGCACUCUGGGGGAGUCACCUCUCUCUUUUGUAUAUAUUUCAUUUUAUUAAUUUAUUUUUCUGGAUUUCUUAUAUGGCAUUUUGUUGAUGCAUGAUUAUUCAACUGUUGCCACAACUGAUUAUAUUGCUCCAGAAGUUCUGAAGAAGGGUUAAGGAAUGGAAUGUGAGUGAUUG